AUGUCUCUUGAUUUCGUUGCCGGAUGUGUUGGGGUGUAGCUGGUGUUUUUGUAGGCCAUCCCCUCGACACAGUCAAGGUAAAUUUACAAACACAAUGUGCAGUUAAUCCUCAAUAUCGAGGAACCGUCCACUGCAUAAAAUCCUUAAUGGCAAAGGAAGGAAUUAAGGGAAUAUAUCGAGGAGUAACUAGUCCAGUUGUGGGGGUGGCAACUUUAAAUGCAGUUGUGUUUGGUGUAUAUGCAAAUGUUCAAAAAUAUUCGAGAAAUCCUGAGAGCUUGUCGUCGCAUGCAGUUGCUGGAGCAGCAGCGGGAUUGUUCACUAGUGUUAUUUCCAGUCCUAUGGAGCUAGUUAAGUCAAGGAUGCAGGUUGCAGGAACGCAAGCGGGUAAAAAUCCACUGGAUUGUUUAUUAAGAAUUUAUAAACAACGGAAAUUACUUGGCGUAUUUCAAGGAUAUGGUAUAACAUUGAUAAGAGACGUUCCAGCAUUUACAACUUAUUUUGUAUCUUAUGAGUAUUUAGCGAGAACCGAGGAAGGACAGGUCCCUUCAUCAGCAACAAUAUUGUUCGCUGGUGGAACAGCAGGUGUAAUUUCUUGGAUAAUACCAUACCCAUUAGACGUCCUUAAGUCGAAAAUUCAAGUUGACGGGAUGACCUCAAAACAAUAUUCUGGAUUGUAUGAUUGCUUCAAGAAAACCGUCAACACAGAAGGAUAUCGUAGUCUCUAUCGGGGAAUGACACCAACGUUAAUUCGGGCCUUCCCAGUAAAUGCCGUCACCUUCUUCGUAGUAACAUGGACAAUGAGAAUUGCAAAUAUGGAAUUCAGGCUGCCAGAUAACCCCCUUAGGUCUAUUAAUUUUAAACAACAUUUGGAGAUUAUAAGUGAGGGAUAUACAUAUAUGUGA